CCCCCCCAGGCCCCAACCAACGCAAACUGAUUUUUCUCAGCAAGGGCUCCCUCUCAUUUUAUCUCUUCCCUUCCCCCCUGCCCAUCGACCAUCCUAGUCUUCUGCAAAAUUUCUUUCCUGAAAAUUCAAUAUGGCCGGACGAGGAAAGUCUCUUGGAGCCGGAGCGUCGAAGAAGGCAACAUCGAGAAGCAGCAAGGCCGGUCUACAGUUUCCGGUUGGUAGGAUCGCUAGGUUUCUGAAAGCCGGCAAGUACGCAGAGAGAGUCGGUGCUGGUGCCCCCGUGUAUCUCGCCGCUGUUCUCGAAUAUCUCGCAGCCGAGGUUUUGGAAUUGGCUGGAAACGCAGCAAGGGAUAAUAAGAAGACAAGGAUAGUGCCGAGGCAUAUUCAGUUGGCGGUGAGAAACGAUGAAGAACUAAGCAAGUUGCUGGGUGCCGUUACGAUCGCAAAUGGUGGUGUGAUGCCCAAUAUUCAUAACCUCUUGCUGCCGAAGAAGACUGGAACCGGUUCUUCGAAGGGUGUUGCUGCUGAUGAUAACAGCUAGAUUCUUUUAUUUUAUCCCCUAAGCUGGAGUUGGAGCUGGACAGGAGGAAAGAGUGAAAGAAUGAGACAAGAGUAGAUUAUUAGUUUUUUCUUUUAUUUUUUGCGUUUUCCUCUAACUCGACAUGAAUAGAGUGUCCACAGUUAGAAAGCCUUUUCUUUUUUCCUCUUUGGGACUACAGUUAAAGUUCAUGACCGUAGAUUAACGAAUUGAUGGAUGUAAUCUUUGUGAAUUUUUGUAUUGAGAACCUGCUUUCCUUAUUAAUGAA